UCAGGCAAGCAGCCAAACAGUCCCUGAAGGGCUUUAGAAAGGAACCUGUUUCGCCUAUGUUCAUUGAAGGACAAUGGCGUAUCGAGACCUAGUUAGAGGCUGGCAUGAAGGAGUCCUGGCUGUGGAUAAGGGAGACUGGGAAUCUGCUUUGAAAAUCUUCUCUAGUAUCGAAGAGCCUUCCGCUAGGAUCUGCUUCAACAUAGGCUGUGUGCAUCUCUUAACAGGGAACCUUGAGGGAGCCGUGCAGGCAUUUGAUCAAACAGUUACCAAAGACAAUCGUCUAGCUGUUGGCUUCUUUCAAAGAGGGUUUGUCUGUCUGCAGUUAGACAAAUAUGAAGAAGCCUUAUAUGACAGCCGGAUGGCCCUCACUCUGUUAAGAUACAACCCCUUCAUUGACUACAAACAACUGGGACUGCGGCACAUGCUCUAUGCCUGGGAGGUGCUGUACAAUAUUGCAGCAGCGCAGUGCCGACUUGGGCAGUGGCAGGAAGCUAAAGUAACUCUGGAGAACGCUAUCAUACAGAGACCUGAGGGAAGAACGAUGAGCCUAGACCUGGCCCUUAAGCGCAUACAAGAACAUCUUUUUCUGGACCCCAUGCAGAUCCCCCCGGGGGAGUUUUUCAGACCACGGAAGAAGGAAGUUGAACAGCUGGAUUCAAAAGAUUUCCUGGGUAAACCUAAGGUGAUCUCUUCUGUCAUUCCUAAUGAUGAGUACAUUGGGUUUGAGCCUCUCAGGCCACAGACAAAGGGCUUUUACAAACCCAGUGUUGAUGCUGUGCAAGACUGUGACUCAGGCUAUUAUCGUGUCCUGGGCCAUUAUUACCCCAAGGACUCUGAGGAGGUGGCUUUGAAGGCCAGCAGCCUCGUCUUUGUACUAACCAAAGACACAGAUGGCUGGGCUACUGUCAUACACAAUGGACAGAAAUUGUGCGUACCAACCUCUUUACUGGAACCUGUUCAUGCCCCAAAGGCUGACAAGUGGAAAAUUGAUAAUGGGAUCCCACUUCCCCCUGAUAAAGUACCCCCCAGCCGACCCCACUUGAAGCAAAAAGACAAGCAGCAGCCAGGAUCAACUGAGGGAGAGGGCAUUAAUGCAGAUGAUGCUAAUUCCCAAACAAACUUUAUGCAGGUCCCACUGUUCCCAAAAGAAGCAUCUUUCACUGUGGAUGGAGCCAUCCUACUGAAAGUCCAUUGCUCUUACACAAUAGCAGUGCAAGUGAGUGAGGCUUUAUCUCUGUCCGACCUCAGGUCUUUGCUGAAGGAGAAGUUCUGUCAAGAUGCAGAGCAUGGAAAGCUCAGUUACAGGCAUUCAAGCAGUGGAGAACUGAUUGCAGUUUCUGGGGAAGAGGAUCUUGGGAAGAUGUGGCAGCAGGUGAUGGAUGGGAAGCUGACACUGUGGUGCCAGGGCCCAGAUUCCUGUUCAGACAGACCCGUUCUCUACCAGAUGGUAGCAGAAUAUAAAUACAUUGCAGAAGGGCCAGAGGAUCUGGAAUUCAACGAAGGAGACACGUUGGACAUCCUCGCAGAAGUGAAUGAAGAUUGGCUUGAAGGCCGCUGCAAUGGUAAGAUCGGCAUUUUUCCCAAAUGCUUUGCUGUCCGAGCCAGAAUGGACCCAGCCCAACCUUAAUGAAGUGGAGCCUUUUCAUGUCAGACAGCACAAGAAUCAGCAGAGCUCAAGCCAAGCUUCAUUUUAUUUCUGUUUCCCAAAGAACAAGAGAAGUUUACACCAGUUUGUUCAGUUCAGGCCAAAACCAGCCCUGCUCAGUAUUUUAACAAAGCUUCCUAUGAAGGACAUGCAGUAUGGGACUCCAUGUUAUCUGAGAACCUGUGAGAAUCAGUUCAGAAGCAUAAAGAGCAUUUUCUAUAACCCA